AACAAAUUGGCUGUUGUCAAACAGUGGGCUCUCGGAAAAGUUACAAAAGUAUUUCCAUUUAAAAUCCCUUCAAAAGCGAAUGUGAAGCCCCAAAACACACGCACACACGCGCUUUUCCAGUGCAAAAGCCCAUUGCAAUACCGCGAAAACAGAAAGAGAGAGGAGAGGAAGAAAAGCGCUCCCAGCACGGCGCACGCACGACGCACGCACUUCCCUGCAGACGAUGACACAGAACGUACCGAGAACGGCCGUCCGUCGUACCCUGUAGCCAGCGCCGUCUGUGUUGAGCCGUCGUCUAUUGUUUUGCGUGCUGCCAGCCAGUGCAGUUCGGUCUUUCGGAGCGUCCGCGGCUUUCCCGUUCCGUUCGGAUCAGCAGUGCGGAAAAUUCUUAAACCCACCCAACCACAAACCCCGAAGAUACCGACCGAGAUCAAUAACCCCGUCCGUGGAAAGUGUACGAGCGUUUGUGUGUGUGUGUUUGUGUUUGGUGGCCAGUUCCGGUGGCCAAGCUUGUGCGCCUGUGUGUGUGUGUUUGUGCGCGCGCGUUUGUGUACUUUCCGCUCGGCCGUCGGUGGGGUGGGUUUCUUUUUUUCUUUUCUAUCGGAGCAACCAAAGCUACUCACACACAACAUACACAUAGUAGAGUAACCCGUCGGUGGCUGUCUGGUGUGGAAGUCGCAAAAGUUCUUUCCUUCCACCUGUUCUGGGUGUGUGGGUUGCUGUGUGCGACGAGUGUACAGCGAGUGAUUCGAUCGGCCCAGUGUUUAAAGUCCAAGUGCGCGAGGACAUCAGUCCGAACGGUUGAACCAAAAUAAAAGCAGCAUGAGCGCGACCGACGGUGGAGGUGCCGAGCUGAGGCGAAGGUUACUAGCGGAAGGGGAUGCUGGUCAGCAGCAGCAACAGCCACAGGAAAGCCCUAAACAGCCGCAACAACAACAACCGCCGGAGUGUGCUACCACGGAAAACUCGGACCAUGUCGAUUCGGAAACCGAAACCGAGGAGCGAAUGCCGGACGAGAAGUACGUCGACGAGAUGGCCAAAAAGCUUCCCCAGGGAACGAACAAAAUGCCCGAGGUGCUGGGCUAUGUGCUAAGCGGACUGCCCGAUAGAUGGAAGAACUGGGUGAUACGUGGCAUCUUUACUAUGAUUAUGAUCAGCGGCUUCUGUCUCAUCAUCUACGGCGGUCCGUUAGCGCUGAUGGUUACGGCUUUAGCCGUGCAGGUGAAAUGCUUCCAGGAGAUUAUCUCGAUCGGCUACUCCGUGUACCGCAUCCACGGACUGCCCUGGUUCCGCAGCCUCUCCUGGUACUUCCUGCUUACGUCCAACUACUUCUUCUACGGCGAAAAUCUGGUCGACUACUUCGGUGUUGCAGUGAGCCGUGUGGACUCGCUACGUUUUCUAGUCAAGUACCAUCGCUUCCUGUCGUUCUGUCUGUACUGCAUCGGCUUUGUCUGGUUCGUGCUGUCCCUGGUGAAGAAGUACUACAUGAAGCAGUUCAGCCUGUUCGCCUGGACGCACGUGGCGCUGCUGAUCGUCGUCACGCAGAGCUACCUGAUCAUACAGAACAUUUUCGAAGGGUUGAUCUGGUUCAUCGUGCCCGUGUCGAUGAUCGUGUGUAACGAUGUGAUGGCGUACAUGUUUGGGUUCUUCUUUGGCCGCACACCGCUGAUACAGCUCAGCCCGAAGAAAACGUGGGAAGGCUUCAUUGGCGGUGGGUUUGCGACGGUCAUCUUUGGUCUGAUUGCGUCGUACUUCCUGUGCCAGUUCCAGUUCUUCGUCUGCCCGAUCGAGUACUCGGAGACGGAGGGACGCAUGAUCAUUGAGUGUGAGCCGAGCUAUCUGUUCCGGCCGCAGGAGUACAGCAUCGCAUUGUUUGGCGCAAGCAAAACGAUCACGAUGUAUCCGUUCCUCCUGCACUCGCUCUCGAUGAGCAUCUUCAGCUCGGUGAUUGGACCGUUCGGUGGCUUCUUUGCUUCCGGAUUUAAGCGUGCGUUUAAGAUUAAGGAUUUCGGCGAUAUGAUUCCCGGACACGGUGGCAUUAUGGAUCGUUUCGACUGUCAAUUCUUGAUGGCAACGUUUGUAAACGUUUACAUCUCCAGCUUCAUCCGUUACGCUUCCCCGCAGAAGCUGCUAAACAUGGUAUACAAUCUUAAGCCCGAAGAGCAGCUGCAGCUGUUCAAUCAGCUAAAGGACAGCCUGGAAGAGCGAAACAUUAUAAACCUUUAAGUUGCCCGAAGCCGAGCGCAAAACAAGUGUGUGUGUGUUACCCCCCGCUACCGCGCUGCUCGUCGCCUGUUAUUUGUUGUAUUAUGUGUUUUUGUGAAUGGUUUUUUUUUUCGCUGUUCAUUAGUGUUUUUGUUUGUGUUUGUUUUAACACCUUAGUUUAUUUAAAUACCAUUUACGUUUUUUUUGCCAUUCGGAAGCAAUGGAAGAAAGAGAAAAGAAAGCAAAAAACCCCGACACCAAUGCUCGAAAAUGGGAAAUCAGCAAACGACGCUUUAUUUUGGUGAUGCUGCUGUUUUGUGUAAGCGAGAGAGAGACUAAUCUUACCAUUUAUAUGUGUAUGAUCUAAUAACUAUUACGUUUGGCUACUCCGAACGUGUAUCGGCACUAAGACUAAGAGCUUUGAAGAAGGGAGGGAAAACCAGGCCAAACGAGAGAGAGACCCUCCCAGUAGCGAAACCAAUCAAACCACGAUGAUCUCGCUAGUUCGCAAUCAGUGCUGGGGGGGUUUGGAAGAAUGAUAUCGCCCCGGCUACACAAGUAUUCUGCUAGGAGGCGUGUGUGGCAAACGAUAGAUGAUACACAUUUUCUGUACGCAGAGUUUCUUAUUUGCUUUUUUUUUUU